AUGUCAAAAUCUCCAAUAGAGAAGACAUCUUCAACUGAAAGUCCACAAAAUGAUGUGGAAAAGACAUUUUCAAAUAAUGAAAGAGAAGAUAGUUUUAUACCAGAUGAAGAAAAAAUUAGACAAACUACCGAGUUAGCUCAAGAACUAGGUAUCAAUGAAAAAAAAUUGAUGUGGAAAUUAGAUCUUUGUAUUGUUCCACCUUUCAUUUUACUUUAUUUCCUUGCAUUUUUGGAUAGAAUCAAUGUUUCAAAUGCAAAAGUUUAUGGUAUGGCUGAAGAUUUAAACUUAAAAGGUGAUCAAUUCAAUGUCGCUUUAACCAUUUUCUUCGUUCCUUAUAUUAUUUUUGAAAUCAUAUCAAAUUAUUCAAUGAAGAAAGUCUCACCACAUAUUUGGUUAUCUGGCUGUAUCUUAGUCUUUGGUUGUGUUACAUUAGCUAUGGGAUUUGUUAAAAAUUAUUCAGGUUUAUUAGCAUGUCGUUUCUUCCUUGGUGCUGCUGAAGCUUCAUCAUUCCCAGGUAUUUUCUACAUCUUGAGUACUUAUUAUACUGGUGUUGAAUCACAAAAAAGAUUCUCAACUUUCUUUAGUUGUACUUGUCUUGCAGGUGCUGCUGGUGGUGCAAUUGCUUACAAAAUUAACGAUUUACAAGGUGUUCAUGGAUAUAAUUCAUGGCAAUGGAUUUUUAUUGUGGAAGGUACAUUCACUGCAGGUUUAGCAUUUUUAUUAUAUUUCAUCAUUCCAGAUUUCCCAGAAAAUGCAAGAUUCUUAAAUGAUGUUGAAAGAACUUUUGUCAAGAGAAAACUAGAAAUUCAUUCAGUUCAAUCUGGGUUUGAAGUUGAAUAUGGCUGGAAAGAUAUCUUCAAUACUUUUAAAGAUCCAAUGUUAAUGUUAACUGCAUUAGCUUAUUUCGCUUUAGUUAUUCCAUCAUAUGGUUAUGCUUAUUUUUCACCAACAAUUAUUAAAGAAAUGGGUUAUACUGCAGUUAGUGCAAAUCAACAUUCAGUUUAUCCAUGGUUAGCUGCUUUUGGUUAUACAAAUAUAAUUGCUGUUGCAUCAGAUUAUACUAAAAUAAGAUCUCCAUUUGCAAUUUCAUCAGGUCUUAUGGCUAUUGUUGGGUUGGCAUUAGUUUUAGGAUUACAUGAUAAUGCACAAGGUAGAUAUGCUGGUUGUUUCCUUGUUGCAACUGGGUUAUAUUCUUCAAUGCCUUCAUUAGUCUGUUGGACUGCAUUGAAUUUUGGUGGUCAUUUAAGAAAAUCAAUCGGUACUGCAAAUCAAGUUGGGUUUGGUAAUAUCGGUGGUAUUAUCUCUACUUUUAUCUUCUUAGCUGUUGAUGCUCCUCGUUAUGUUAAAGGUUUAAGUAUUGGUAUUGCAUUCACUGUUUUCAGUAUAAUAAUAAUGUUGGUUAUGGUUGUAUUAUUAAAUAGAAGAAACCGUAUCAAACAAACUGAUUCAUAUAAAGAAAGAUUUUUUGCUCAAGAUGAAAAAGCUAUUGUCCUUGCUGGUGAUGAACAUCCAACUUUCAAAUACUUGUAUUGA